AUGGAUUGGAAUUGGGAUGUGGACUUAAUUUCCAAUAUGCAAAUUGAAAAAAUUAUAAAAAGUGAAGGUUAUGAUAAUAUAAGGUGUAUUUGGUAUUGGAACUCUAAGUUUUCUUUUGCUCUAGGGCUUAAACCGUUGAAUAAUGACAAAGAUGUUUUAACUUUUAUUGAAGAUGUUAAAGGGUUUAAGGUAGUUUAUAUUUAUGUUGAACACAAUGUUCACAUACUUGAAAUCAUAUAUGAUAUGGUUGAACAAGUUAAUGUUGAAAAGGUUAAUGCUUUGGUUUAUGAUGUGAAUGUGAAUGAUGAUCAAGAUAAUGAUGUUGAAGUUGGUGGAAAUGCGGAGGAUGAUGAAAGUAAAACUAAUCCUGAUUAUGAGGAAAGCGGGGAAUAUGAAGAUGAAAGUGAAAUUGAUCAUGAUUUAGGUCCCGAUGUUAGUGUAGAUUCGACAAAAAAAUUUCCCAAUGAACAAACUAAACAUUCUUCCAAACAUAAUGUUAUUUCUAAUAAGGAGGGUUGUGAUUCAGAUGAACUGCACACUCCAUCAUAA